UUAUAUACAGCAUCCUUGUGACCUUUUUGGAGUGAAGAUACAUAUCUGUCCAAUAAAGCCCAGGCCAAAUGACAGUGACAGCUGCCUCGUGGCAUUCAGUUUGAAUUGAACAGGUUUGCUCACAAGUCUGGAGCAAGUAUUUCAUUACAGACUGUGCACCAAGAACAACAUAAGCACCCAAAAGUGAAACUUUCCCUCAGCAGCUAUGGAAACUACCCUGGUGGACUGAGAUGCACUUCACAGGCUCCUCCUUAUCUCCUUGCUUUGACUUUCCUGCAAGCUGUCAACCUCUGGUGGCAUUUGCAUGUUGGUGUAGUACUUGCACGGGAAGAAAACCUCGCUUGAUUUAUCAGGAGCAAUCCAAGGUGUUAUGGGAACCGAGCACUCAAAAAGCGAGAGGCGAAGAAGAAUGUUUUUUCUGAGGAAAGGUCCAAAGUUGCCUGCAUGGGAAGAUGCUCUUCUCGCAGGGAAAGACCCCAAGUCAUUGCUGAAACGGGGAUUGCGUUAUGUCAGCUUGAGCCUUAUAAUGAAAGGGAUGACCAGUGCUCCUGACUUCUUGUGGGGACUGCCUGAGGUGCAGAAACUGAACCUCUCACGCAACCAGCUGGUGGUAAUUCCUCCUUCACUGGGAAAACUGGACCGGCUCGUAGUGCUCAACUUGGGUGGCAACUGCCUCAAGUGUCUGCCAAAGGAGAUCGGGCUGCUGAGGAACCUGAAGGUCUUGUUUGUUAAUAUGAACUGCCUGACAGAAGUGCCAGCAGAGCUCAGCUUGUGCAGAAAGCUGGAAGUUUUGAGCCUCUCGCACAACUGCAUCUCACAACUACCUUCAAGCUUCACCGACCUGACAAAUUUAAAGAAACUGAAUCUCAGUAACAAUCACUUCGUGCAGAUUCCCCUCUGCAUUUUUGCACUGAGGAGCCUAGACUUCUUGCACCUGGGGUCCAACAGGCUUGAAAGCAUUGCAGAGAGUGUUCAGUAUCUAGCCAAUUUGCAAAUCUUUAUAGUAGAGAAUAAUAACAUACGCACUCUGCCGCGGUCACUCUGCUUCAUCAUGGCUCUGGAGCUACUAAAUGUAGAUUACAAUUCCAUACAGACUCUUCCAGAUGACCUCUACCUGCUGCGCAGGCUGCCCCGCAUUGCGUGGAACCCAAUGGACAAAGGCCUCCACGUCUUCCACAACCCCCUGUCCCGACCCCUGCCUGAGCUCGUGGAGGGGGGACUGGAUGUCCUCUUCAACUACCUCAGGGAGAAAAAGGAGCACCACUGACUUUCUGCUGAGCUUGGGAUUAAGCCUGUCAUCACAACUCAGUCACGCCAGAGCACUUUCCUCAGCAGUCACUUCCACUUCCUAAUACUUGGAUUUCCAAGACUAUGGAUGGCUUUAGUAAUGGUUGGAAGAAAGCAAGUAAAGUAUGAUGGUCUGUUUAAAUGUGUGAAGAGUAAGAUUUUCUAAAACUGCCCACCCCUGUAACCUUCAAUGUUGGAGUGUUUGUUUUUUUGGGGGGGGGGGACAAAAGAAAAAAAAAAAAAAAGAAACGCGAUAAAAUGUUUGAUCUUCAUUUGACAGGAACAAAUUAAGGCAGACUUCUAGGAGUUCAGAAACGUAUAUUUGCUAGCUAUCAUGUUGGAGGAAUAUUAAUAUAAAUUGGAUUUACUAUACGUGAUUACAGUUGCACUUUAACUCCUGCUCAGUUCUUCAUGUGCAGAUGCCACUACAUAAACAAACACUGCUUAUCUAAGUGAAUCUCAAGGAAAAAGUUUAAUUCACUUUCAGCAGUGAGUAUAUCCUGAGCUAUAUUAGCCCACGGACAGUGUAUUACCUGCCAGUUUAAUAUUAUUUGUUGUUUACCCUGCAGCUGUGAGCUGGCCACUAUAAAUUACAGGUGAAGAUGGCCGGCAGUGUGGCAAUUCCCCAGUUCUCUGGAAGAAGACCCCAGCCUUUCCCAGAGCAUGUAGUCCCUUGCCUGAAACACACAGCCUUUUGCACAGAGCCUACUGGGGUGCCAGUAGAAGUGCAUCAGGACCAUCAAGAAGCAGCAUCUACACCAGAAGUGAAAGUGGGUCCUUAUUCCCUCAAACAAAGGCUGCCAGAUGAAGUUGCUCGUUGCUGGAUGAACUGCACUGCUUUCCUUUUUGUGCUUCCCUGCAUUUGGAGUCACGGAGUAAUUUGACUCAGGAGGCCGUAGGUCUCCUAAAGGUGAAACAUUUCUUUCAAGAAAAGCAGCAGCAAACCAGUCAUCAGCUUAAGUAAGAGCUUCAAAAACAAAUACUUAUUUCUGUGAUUUUCAGUAGCAGCCAGUAGCAUAGAAGUCAGCUCGUAUGUGAUUUCUCAUAUUGAUCUUCUGUGUAUGUCCUUCAUCAAAGUUUUAUCUAGUAAUAAAGACGCAGUAUGAAAGAGCCGUUAACAAUUUAUGCAACUUGAUUUUUUUCUCACAACUCUGUUGAAUCAACUCUGUUGAAAUCAGUUGAGAUAAAUGCUUCUAAUGGCAGCAUAAAAGAGGAAUGAGCCUGUAAUUCUUGAACUAAUUAAGAAUAUUCAAAGCCACUUUUAAAGUACUUCCUAUUGUAUGUCUCAGGAAUCAAUGUUUACUUUCUGAAAUGUAAUUGGCUCAGAAUUAUGGAAGACUGUGGAAGAUUGAUCCUGCUUCUAGUGAGGCUAAUGGACAGCUGCUGUCUGAGGGAAAAACUCUUCCGUCAGCAGUGGUAGAAGUAGUCUGAUAAGAGCAGACAAUUAUGUAAUUCAUAGACACAUGCAAGUAAAUGCAGCACCUUUGGGCAUGCUAACGUUAUCAGUGCAGUGCUGAACGCAGCCACGAAGAAUCUGUGCUCACAGACUCUUCCUCUCUGGGGCUGCUCACUGAUAUUUUGUUAUGUUGGAUUGUUUUGUGUAUCAUUUUUUAUCUUAAUAGAGAAUUUCAGUGUUGUGCCCAGGAACUGCGGUUUCCAAGUGUGCAGUCAAGGACAAAUCUUGUUUCUAGCAAAAGCGAAACCCUUUUGAAGGACACUUUUGCUCAAGCAUAAGACAAACAAACAAACAAACAAAAUAAACAACAAAGCACAGUUAUUUUGUGAGUUUUUCAUUUAAUAUAUGUUUCAGAUGUUUUUUAUCUAGCUUUGCAUGCAUUUAUUCCACCCAUGCAAUAGGAUUUGUAGCAAGUUCGAAGAUUUUUAAUGCACAAUACAUCGAAUAAAUUAAUAUGUGAUUCAAUUAGCGACAAGAAAUAACCCUGCAAUUAUUUAUAGAAAUACCAACAGAUAAUUCUUGGAGGGGAUUAGGCACAGAUUAUUAACUUUUCUAAAUGCUCAUUUCAUAUCCCUAAGUCCUGCAUUCACGUAAACACUGUAGUCCCUCAGUAGCUCUUUGCAGGAAAAUUAAAUUCCUAUGACAUUAAUCACCUGAAAAGACUUUCCACAUAUCAGUAUCCAGGAUUAUAUGACACCAGAUAGCCUCCAGUGUGUUCUGACUAGAAGAGGUAUGCACAGUAAUUUACAUGGAAGAUGUGAGCCUGGACUGUGUGUGUUCAUUAGGACACCACUACCAAGGGUGAGCAGCAGUGCAUGAUUCAAGAAAAUGGUCUCCCGACAGGGGAUUAAAAGGCAAAUUUGACAGAAUCAAAUGCAUCUGGAAAAGCAGUUAUAAUAUGAAGUGCAAUAGCAAUAAUUUAAAAUUCAAUUAUUCAAUUGAAUAAUAAUAACCUUUUACUCAAGCUAAUAAACCUUUGCAAGCAUACGAAACACAUAAAAGUCUCUGCCUUUUUAAACAGAAUAAUAAAAUUCAUUGAAUAAAUGGUACUUUAAUGUAUAAUUCAGAUUUUAGCACUAAAAAGAUAAUUUCUACUGAACUGCUUAAUCUUUCUUUCAUUUCUGAAUUAAGCCCUUUAUAAAUAGGUUUCUUAGAGAUAGAGAAAAUGAUCUCACAUGAGUAAAGGUGCAGUUCUGAAUUCUUACUGUAAAUAGAAAAGACUGUAUAUCACUGUUAAUGUAUAGAAAUAUGCAUAGGAGGCAAAUAAACGUGUUUGCAUCUGAGAGGGUGCAAGAGGCACAGGAGGGAGGCGGAAAGCCUGAUGUCAUGCACUGGCUCUGGUUGUGAGUAGGGCAUUAGCAAAGAGUUAGUGGAUCUCAGCCUUGCCAUCUGACACCAGUUGUACAGAGCGUGAGGAAAAAAAGGUGCUGAAAUGCUGCAGGGGCUACAGUCAUAUCUCAUACUAUAUGAAACCUAUCAUUUCUAUGUGUAUAUUAAAUGAUAUGAUUUUGACUUAAAAUCUGUCAGAGAACUAUGUGCUGAACAGUGCACUUGUUUCCAGCACUCACUGAAGUUUCCUCACCAUAGGUCUGACAGCAGUAUAACUUUUGAUGCAUUUAUUUUUCUCGUUGUUAUUGGCAGUGGUGGUUUUCAAAGGAAUGGAAAAAGCAGGAUCCACUCAUGGAAAAGGAUGCUCUCAUGGCAGCCUGACUUUUCGACAGCUGCUGCUCAGAGAAGCUCUCAAAGAGCUAAAGUUACUGGCCAAACCUGCCACGUUGACAAACUCGUUCAUGCUGCUUGUGACUAGUGACCUCCCAAAACACAUUGCAAGGUCUCAGCAACCCCAUGAGGCACCACCAGGCAUGUAGACUAGCCAGCAACACCAGCCUGUUAUGCCAGCAAAGCAACAAGAGCCUACGGAGACCGAUUUCCAAGAUGCACUGGAGUGGCAUUUCAAAACAGAACCUUUCAGAUUCCAGCUAAAGGCUCUAGAAAUUCAGAUUAAAGAU